CAAACACACGGCAGGGGUUCUGCUGAAAUGAAAGUGGAAGCAAAACCUGCAGACCGAAUCCUCGGAAGUGUAACUCAGGCCCAACUUGGAGGGGACGAAGCCACCUCGGAAGGUACAAGCAAGAAUUUAGUUACAGGGGACACUGCCACUUUGUGCCCAGCUCUGAAGCCUCGGCUCUUCUCAUCCGGACCCCAGGCCCACGUCAGUGAUGUAUGAUGAUGCCGUAAGUGAAGAGACCCUGGGUGCCCUUCGGGAGGAACAGGCCAGACUAAAGGACCGGCUGCGGGAGCUGCAGCAGCGGAGAAGGGAGCUCAGGGACCAAACCCGAGACCAGGUCCCAUUCCUGGCAAAUGCAGUCCCCCUGGUGUUCCGAGGACACACUAAGCAGGGCCAGGAAGCACCCAAGUGUUUGGUUUCUGAAGUGAGGAUCUCCUACCCUCUGCCAGGAGGCUCUGCUCUGGUCACCUUCGAUGACCCCAAGGUGGCCCAGAGGGUGCUGCAACAGAAGGAGCAUGAGAUCCACAUAGAGGAAUGCCGGCUGCGGGUUCAAGUACAGGCUCUGGAGCUGCCUGUGGUGACCGCCGUCCAGGUGUCCACUCAGGUAAGCAGGCGGAGCGUGCUGGUCAGUGGGUUUCCCGCAGGGCUCCGGCUGAGUGAGGAGGAGCUGCUGGACAAGCUGGAGAUCUUCUUUGGCAAGACCAGGAACGGGGGUGGUGACGUGGAGACUCGGGAGCUGCUGCGAGGGGCUGUCAUGCUGGGUUUCACUAAGGACACAGUGGCCCAGUACCUGUGCCAGACUGGCCAGUUCACAGUGCCACUGGGCGAGCACAAGUUCCCUUUGAGAGUCUCUCCCUACCUCAGUGGGGAGAUCCAGAAGGCUGACAUCACGUUCCAGUCGGUACCCCAGUCAGUGCUAGUGCUCAACAUUCCUGAUGUGCUGGAUGGCCCGGAGCUGCAGGAUAUCCUAGAGAUCCACUUCCAGAAGCCCUCCCGUGGAGGUGGGGAGGUGGAAGCCUUGAGAGUCGUGCCCCCGGGACAGCGGGGCCUGGCAGUCUUCACUGCCGCAUCAGACUAAGAGCCUGCCCUCCUCGUCGCCCACACCCCUCUGCCAAGCCUCUCGAACCAGACUGGAAUUGGGCGCACGGGUGCAAGAGAUUGUGCGGGUCAAUGGCAGCAGGGAUUAUCGGUUGUGAAACGCUGCCCAAGAACAAUAAAAAGUGGUGUGACCUUCUCAUUUCA